GAGACAGAGGAUCCGAAAUAGGCUCUGCGCUGUGAGCACUGAGCGGAAUGGGGGGCUUGAACUCACAAACUGCGAGAUCAUGACCUGAGUGGAAAUCAAGAGUUGGGUGCUUAACCCACUGAGCCACGUAGGUGCUCCAGAUUCUUAGACUUUUAGAGCCAGGAGGAUCGCAAAUUCUUUACACAAUUCUGAGGCUAAGAAGGGACACAACUGGAGUGAAAUAAUACGGCUAAUGUCACUGUUCUGUUUUUUUCCCGAGCCCCCAUUCCAUAUAGAAUGAGGACUCAAUAAAUGUCAACUAUUUGAAGGGCUCAGGGAAAGGCAAAAAUAUCUAUGGAACUGGGGACCUUCAAUCCCACACUGUAGCCUACCUAUGUUAGGGGAAACUACGCCAUUACUGUCACAGCUGAACACAUGAGGUCCCCAACGCAAGAAGGAAAGUAUGGGAGCUAGUGUGCGACCCAGCUUUUCUGAAGGGCUGGGUGGGGAGCAGGGCUGGCCUAAGGCUCUAAGAGGGCGGGGCCCACAGGCGGUGAGUGGAAUCCUUACUGCCCUAGGGAGGGCAGGGCUUUGGUCUCCACGGAGACAGCUUCUCCUAGCAACCUGGCAGGCGUUGAGCCGAGCCUUGGUCACGAUGGACGCAGAGAGCCUCCUGCUGUCGCUGGAGCUGGCGUCCGGCAGUGGGCAGGGCCUCAGCCCGGACCGUCGGGCCUCUCUACUUACCUCUCUUCUGCUGGUGAAACGCGACUACCGCUAUGAUCGGGUCCUCUUCUGGGGCCGCAUCCUCGGCCUUGUCGCCGAUUAUUACAUCGCGCAGGGCCUGAGUGAGGACCAGCUCGCACCACGCAAGACCCUCUACAGCCUGAACUGCAUGGAGUGGAGCCUCUUGCCCCCUGCCACGGAGGAGAUGAUGGCACAGACGUCUGUGGUGAAGGGCCGCUUCAUGGGGGACCCCUCACAUGAGUAUGAACACACUGAGCUGCAGAAGAUAAACGAGGGCGGAAAGGUCUUUGAAGAGGAAGUGGUGGUCCAGAUCAAGGAAGAGACCCGCUUGGUGUCUAUCAUCGACCAGAUUGACAAGGCUGUGGCUAUCAUCCCCCGAGGAGCCCUUUUUAAGACCCCUUUCGGACCUAUCCAUGUCAAUCGGACUUUUGAAGGACUCUCCUUGUCUGAAGCCAAGAAGCUCAGUUCCUACUUCCACUUCAGGGAGCCUGUUCAGCUGAAGAACAAGACCUUGCUUGAGAAGGCUGACCUGGAUCCCUCCCUGGACUUCAUGGACUCCUUAGAGCAUGACAUCCCCAAAGAAAGGAAGUCCCUCGGUGCCUCUUCUGAUUUCCAUUAUUGGUCUUGAAGGAGGCAGGUUGAGAAUCCUCCCCCAACCAUCUCUGAAAAGAUCCCUGAAAAUACCAGCCACACAUCCAUCUCCGUUGUAAGUUUUGCGGUUAGAUCCGGUGCUUGUCACAUAGCUGGUGCUCCGUGAGUGGCUGCUGACCGACCGAAGGGCAAACCACCUGCUAAGGAAAUGAGUUCUGUACAUUUGCUUCCUGCUAUGUGUGUGGUACUUUUUAAUCUUAAGACGUGCAGCCUCCGAGGUCUUCCUGUUCUUCAGGGCCCACCUGGCCCAGGCACACACCCAGAGUUUGGGGGAUGGGGUCACAGAGACCCCAUUUCCUUCCUCUGAGCUUCACAAGCCCUGGGAAGACGCUCUUGCUCGGAUGCCCUAGCCCAAGACAGUUGCCAGGCUCUGGGCAACUGGGGGCCAGACUCAAGGUGCUGAUGCAGCACCCCUGCCUUUUUUCCUCCCCGUGUUUGGUGUUUCUCCAACCGGAGGGACCUGCUGUUGAUGAUGGCAACGCUAGGGACAGCGAUAAGGAUAGUAAUGACGCAUAAAAGCAACGGCACUACUUGUGUGCCAGGCGUUACACUCAGCCCUCUCCAUCCCUUAUUGUCACAGCCAACCUGGGAGGUAGAGACUGUUGUUAUCCCCAUUUUACAGGUGAAGAAACAGGGCUAAAGUCCACGACACAGCAAAUGUUAGAGCCUUAGACUCCAGGCCUCUGGCAUGAACUGUGGUGUCAAGCAGAUUAGUGUUUCCUUCUAAGCGGGUAGUGGGAACAGCAAGACAACACCCACGCCCACCACACAGGGGAAACACUUCUGAGGAGCCACGGCCACUCCCAGUCAGGGUGAGAGUGGGAUGGCAGAGGCAAGGGCUCUGGGCUGGGAUUCCGAAUCUGCCACUUACUCGCUGUGUAACCUCGGGCAAGCUCCUCAGUCUCCCCGUGCCUCCAUUUCCUCAUUCCCCCAAGGGAAUACUGACCUUUUCUACCUCAUUGGGUUGUCGUGAGAACUGAGUUAGUGUGCACACAAAAUGCUUAUAGCAGUGCCUCACACACAGUAGGGACUCAAAUGAAAAUCAGGAAUUCUAUUAGUGCUAUUUUGAGCAGCAAAAAGGCCUUAGAGGGGAGUUGGGGCAGGCCAGGGAGGAUCGAGAAGGCCAAGGGGUAGGAGGCCUAGGGCAAGGCGGCAGGAGCUGCCAGCGGCUCGUGAACAGGUCUGUGACAAUAAGGCACUGGUGCAUGGAGGGAUGAAAUAGGGCCACACAAGGAUCUGGAGGCCAUUUCAUGGCUACUGAAGCACCCCAGGGGCCAGUGAUGGUCCCAAGUGGGUAAGGGCUGCCAGCAAGGAAUGGCCACUCUGGCCGCUGCCACACGGGGGUACCCGAGUCAAACCUCCCGGAGCUUAGAAAGGGGCCCAUGGUGUGGGGGGUGGAAGUGUGGGUGGUCAGGGGAAAAGCAGACACUCUGAUUUUGCUCCCAGACUCCCUUACCUGCCAGGGAGGGAGGAGAGGGUGCUGGGAGGCUGUCUGCAAAGCAGAUAGUGGCCACAGGGCCUGGCUGCUAAGUGGGGCCCAGGAGUUCUUCCCUGGGAUGUCAGCACUGGCUGGAGGAAUGGAUUUGGGCAGUCGCUUUCUGCCCAGGUAGGAUCAGUUUCCUUUCUGGGACUGAGGUGACUACUUAGGGGACUCUGUCACCUGUUAGCAGGUAUGGUUUAGGUUGGGCCUGUCCCCAGGACUCCUGCUCUCUGUGCCUGUGGAGGUAGGGCCAGCUCAGCAGCUUGUUCCUGGGCAAGCCCUGGCUGAAGAGAGGAUGGGGAGGGAGGGACGUUGCCUGGUGCCACCACUACCCUCCCUGGCUGUCCUGCUGUGCCCUGGGGUCUGCAGAGUUUUGUGGGAGUGGGUAGCUUUGGGGGCAGCCUUCUUCCUUGUGCAUGAAGGGCAGCAGCCGAGAGUUCUCGGAACUUGGGCUGCAGUCAGGUGGGACAGAUGGAGCACCAGGUCAGGCCAGACUUCUCGGCAGCACUCUGCCGUUCAGUGCUCCUUAACCUUUCACUGAGCAGAUAGCCACUGAGCAGGUGCCGUGUGCCAGGCUGCAGGAUGCCGUCGUGACCAAGACGACACCGUCUUUGCCUCGCAGAGUUUUGAAAGAUCAAAUGAAACUGGAUGGGUAGUGAAAAUGUAAAAUAGAAGGUGCCUCACACAAAAGGUCACCGGUGCCCUGGGGAGCAGGGCUCCUCUCCUUACCCCACUUGAAGGCUGGAGCCCACAGAUCUCAGGAAACUGCCAGGUGCCGGACCGCUUGGGCUCCAGCACUUGGGAGCCAGGCAGCAACGCCCAGUUCAGGCAGCAGAGGGCAGCAAGAUGCCUGCCUGCCAGGAGAACUACCUUUCAAAUGUGGCCUUGGUUGGGGAGGAGGCAGGGGACAGGAGUCAGGAAUGCUGCAGACAGGUGAGGAACACAGUGCCCAGAUCAGCUUUCUCUUGGGGGUGUGUGUGCAGGUGGCUCCUUCCACCCAGUCCCUUGGAAGCCUGGCUGACGGGUGCUUCUGGGCCGGGGGGCUUGCCCAUAACUUGUGGCCCUGGUGUGGGGGGAGCGGCUGCUCUGAGAAAAGGGACCCAUGGCUAUUUCUGUGUGUGUGAGAAGUGUGGGGCUGAUUUGAGGAGAAAGUUUAAAACCAUCUGCUGUGGCUGGAGAGCCCUGUUCCCUAGUCUGGCCCACUCUCCCCCUCAAAUGUAAUCUCAGAGCUUUGCUACCCUUUUUUCCAGGAGGGCAGGAGAAUGUAAUUCUGACACGUACCCUAGACUGAGGCUUCCACUAGCAAAGUGAGACCCCUGACCCUGGGGCAACCCAGGAGGACUUCCUGCCAAGAGGCUCCAUUCCUGAUUUACUAACUUGCCCCCUGACACAUCCUCAAAAAACAGCUUGUAGAGGACUGGCUGGCUGCCAGGGAGCAGGACGCGCGUUUUGGGGACUUGGGAGAGACCAGGACCAUAGGAGGCUGCUUCCUCUGGAGUCUGAGAGGACAUGGUGGCAGUGGCUGGGUCCAGCCUUUCCAGCAUUUGCAAUAAAAGUGGGUGAAGGUGACAGCAAGUGCCUGGCUCUCCAGGUAGACGCUACGUGACUCCUGGCACGUUGAGAGUCUGUGUUUCCUGGGCGACCAGCUGAGCCAGGGACAAGGAGGACAGGAGUGUGACAGGAAUGCAAGGGAGGGAGGGAGGCAGUGCUGUUGGCUGGCCGGGCCCUCACACGCCACUUCCGUUCUCCAUCAGCACCCUGCAGCCUGCUUGGCACUGCCCCCUUACCCCAGUGGGGGCACUGCAUUUCUCUAGCAUCCCUGCCAUCUUUCCCCUUGCUCUUGGUGGGGGUGGGGCCCCUUCAUCUACUGGGGAGCAGGAGGUAGGGGGCCAAACUGUAGGUGGGCAGCCUUGUGCAAGGGAAGGUCAGGAGCCGGCCCCUGCCAGGGUGUGUCAAAGGGCUGGCAACUGUGAACUGAGAGCAGUCUAGGCUGGGGGACUCCAGGAUUUCAUUUCUCCAGGGCAUUUGGCUCAGGCAGGCUGUAAGCUGCCCUCCUGGGUGGGCAGAGACAAGUGAGGCAGAGCCUGACCCUUUUCAGCUCAAGAAAGCUGUGGGACUGUGGGCUCCAAGGGCAGGGACUGUCCCCAGAUGAUGCUCUGGGUACUGUGUGUGACUGGAUUGGGUGGGGGGGGUGGUUAGGGAACGUACCUUCCUGGGGUCUGUGCUUCUGGCCAAAAGCUGAAUAUGGUGCACUGGGACACUUUGUUCUGUCACACCCUUGCUCUCAUUACCCUCAGGCAACCUGUUUUCUGUAAUGAGUGACUGGGAAAGCAGCAGGCUAGGGCCUCUCGAACUCUGAGGGCAGGUCUGGGAGGCAGAGAACCUCAGGUGCCCAGACAGGAAAGUUGUAGGAGCUAGGGGAACUACUACCCCCUUUUCUGGCCAGCCAGUGCCCCAGUCGGGGCUGGUAACCCAGGGGCCCUCUUCCUUCUCGACGCCGCUGGCCAGCACCGUGUGGGCUUGGGGGAGUGGAGUGAAGCCCACACUGUGGCUCCUACUUCACCUUCUCCUGAAGGGGCGGUGGCACCUGGCGCAGGCUGCUGCAGUGCUCAGCUGGGCUCUGAGCCGGCGGCCUCUCCUGAGCAGGCCUGUGCCAGCUGACCUACAUGCACCCGGGGAAAGCUCUGGCUUUGACCUGGGGAAGGUGAUGGCCCCCUGAGCAGGGUUGAGCCGCCGUUGGGCCCAGGGGCUCCCGGUGGCCAGGUCUCUCAGACGCAGGGUGGCCCCUGGUGGGUGCGGACUGAGCCGUGAGGCUGUUGGGUGUGGAGUGACCAGGGUGGGCCGUGGCUGGAGGAGGCCUGUGGGAAGCUGGGGUGGUGGGAGCCAAGCAGCCGGGCUGAGCUGGCAGCCGAUGAAGGCCUCAGCGCAGCUCUCAGUGCAUCACUGGCUGGUCCAACACCAAAACCUUCAAAGCAUUUGCCUUUCUGGCAGGGCCCGGAGCAGAGCUGUGGCUGGGCCGGGGAGAGGCCUCAGUGCGCAGGGGAAUAGAAGCUCCAGAUCUGCAUCCAGAGGCGAUUUUCCCAGGCUCCUUCCUCCCACACAGGGGCUCCCUCCCUUGGUUCUGGAGCUGGAUCAGGCCCUUCCCGCCAAGUCCUCAUGGCUGCACAACUCAGCCCCGGGCUGGGCCGCUUCUGUCUGGGGAGCAAAAAUCCAGGGCAGAACCCAGCACACACAAAGGCUCAUCAGCUGCAGCCCAAGUCCCCUCCUGCCAAGCAUGGCUCCCAGGCGCCCAGCUGCCAGGAAGGGCUAUUGAGCUGGGAGGCCUGAAACAGCCCAACUUCUGUGCGUCCCCGGUCAGGUCUAAUCCGUCCCGGAGCAGAGGCUUCUGGGGCUGCGGAAGAGAAAGCAAAGUGGCUAAGAGGACAGACUGCACCAGGACUGCAGGCCACUGGUGACUACCUCUCAAAUAGGGCGAGGAAGCCUGGGAAAGCCUCCCCGAGCUGGGCCCCAUCUCCCCGGCCUGCAGACUCCACUUCCUCCCCCACUCAACCUUUAACUAGACUUGCUGACAGGAACAAAAUGGACUAGGGUGUCCUUCACCUCUUUUCAUUUCCUUUGCCCUCCCUCUGGAAGUGGUUUUAAUGAGCAGCAAAAUGGCUAAAAGGCAAUCAGGAGGAGGAAAGAGCCAGAUAAUUAAAUUGUCUUCCCUUUUCCCAGCGGAACCUUAGCACCCAGGCCAGGCUGCCUAGGAACUGAGGGCCUUUGCACACAGGGUAGGGCUCUGGCUCCAUGGCAUCCAAGGUCUCCCCUCCUGCCCGCU